AGCACACUUCCUGUGAAAAUGCAAAUAUUUAUAAUUAUGUUGAUCUUGUUAAUGCUACUGUUGGUGUAAAAUAAAACGUGAUAAUCAACGCAUUAACGAAUUGCUUCGUAAGCAGUGCAGUUAUGUUAGUUCUGUUCAUAAAAAAGCCAAGGGAAGAAAGAAAAACAAUUUAUUAAAUGAUAACGUCUAUAAGCUCAGUGUUAAGCGAGGGGAAGUGGUUGAAGUGAAGUCAAAUCAAGAGUUGGAUUCAAAGUUGCAAUUUGUAAAUGAAGAAUUUGAGAAUUUCAAAAGGAACUACAGUGAUUUGGAUCAGGCCAAAACUAAAUUAUAUGAAGAAAUGUCAUCUGAAAUCAUUAAAUUAAAAGAAGAAGUGCAAGAGCUGACAGAAGUAAACAAAAACUUAAUUGAUUACAUUGAGACUCUGAAAAAAAUAACUCCGUGAAAUGUCAGGGGAAAAAAUUCCAUGAGGUUGGGAAAAAGCAACAAUCAUGAAAGCUCCGCUUUCCCAAAAAUAAAACCCAAUGUGCUCUGUGGUUUUGUGAGAGUUUUGGCUUAAAGCUUACGAGUAUUAAACUGCAGGAUGAAAAAGGUACAAUUUCUUCUCUUAACUAUCAAGAAUCGCCUCCCAGCAUAUCUGAUUUGAGUUGUGAUGACCACAGUAAUCUGGAGAAAGUUCUGUUUCUUUUGGACAAAUUCUGCGUAAGUGAUGAGAUCUAUCAUGAGUUAAUGCUUGUAUCCGAAGAAUUGCCAAGGUCAUACCUUAUCAAGCAAUUAAGAUCAAACUUAAAUAAAACAUAUCACUUUCUCAAACACUGUGUUACCUUUGACCUGUAUGGAAAAUUUCAUUGUCAACUUUUCAAUUAUAAACAGUUGUUUUAAAACAAAUAUCUCAUCUUACUACACGCUUCUACAUUUUUUAUAAAUACAUACCUCAACAACGCUGGAGAAAGAUGUCCUUGAGGUUCCCAAGUGUUGUCAAAUGAACUAUAACCAGCCCAUUUAACGAAGUACUUCCAUCCCUUGAGUGAGGAAACAAAAUAUGGUGAGACUAUUGAUAUUAAUGCCAUACAACUUGUCUACCUGGAAUAUAUUGUUGCACAAAAGUCCAGCAUUUCAUAUUUUAUUUAAUACGAAAAUUAUAUAAACACAUGAGUGACAUGACCCAAAUUUUUACUGCUCUAUUUCAUACCUCUCUGUCUUUUCUGCGAGCAAUCAAGCGCUCGGCUUGAUAUAUGCCAACUGUCAUUUGUUUUUUCCUUUCAUCGUACAGCAAAUCAACUGAACUUAUAUUGUUUAAAACUUCAUAUGCAACACGAUUCCUCACACAAGUUUUAUCAGAACGCACCGCCAUCUUGUUUUAGAAUCCUAUUAUCAGGUGCGAAGCCGCUGACUAGAGUAUGGGCGCGUAAUGUCCCACAUUUCUGGUAAUGAACAAAAGCCUUAUAGGUUUCUAGUAGGCCCCUAGCCCUACUGUAAUAUUACCAUUUGCAAGCAACCGUGACAAGCAAACUUUAAAACGCGUUUGUUUAUGUUUGAAACGUCAUGUUGGGCAUGUCAAACAUGCUAAUUAUAACGUGGAAACAAAACGUUUCAACCGUGACAUGCGACAUGUUUGACAAUAAAAACCUGCAUGUUUUACAAACUCGAGUGCUCGUUUUAAAACAAAUUUAUUACGUUUUAUGUUUGCGUUUUAAGCAAAAUCGAUGAACAUCAGCAAAAGAGGUAGAACUUACCAUUUGGGGAAAUCUUUAAGUGAUGACUUACGAUCGUUAAUAGUUGAUAAAUGUUUACAAAGAGGAGGCGAUCCCGGCUCAUAAUUUUCUUCCUGUAACAUUUACAUCUAUAGCUCAAGAAAUCGGUGUUGCCCACAAUACUGUCUCCAAAGUCUGGAGGGAUUUUUGCCAACGGCGACGUAUUAAUCUGUUACCAAAAGGAGGAGAUCACAGCAGAAAGCUAUCGGACGGUGAUCAUGAACUUAUCGAACUGCUUAAAAGAGUAAAGGGUUCUACGCAAUUAAGCGAAAUAUAUUCUGUGCUCGAAGAAGUUGGUGACGUCGAAAGCAUCAGUUUAUCCUCUAUUUCGAGAGCUAUCAAGUCGAAACUUUUAUCCGGUAAACAAUAUUCACGAAAAAAAAUUACACAUGUGGCAAAGCAACGUUUUACCGAUGAAAAUAUUGUAUACACACAGUUAUUUAUAAACUACCUUGCUGCAAAGGAUCCAGCAAAAAUAAAGUUCUUCGAUGAAGCCGGAGUAAAAAUUCCUGAAAUAGGCACGCGUCUUUAUGGAAGUGCUCCAGUUGGUGAACGGUAUGUAAAAAAGGGUGGAAUCUCCAAAUGCCACUUUAAAUUUGUUGAUAUCUGUUAAUGGUCCUGAAUAUAUGAACAUCGUAGACGGAGCUACAAAUACAGUACAUUUUUGGAAUUUCUUCUGGGAGGCAUCACAAGCGGCAAAUUAUAUAACUGGCAGGCCAGCAAUUGCAGUAGGCGAUAUAGUUGUGAUGGACAACUUAGCUGUUCACCAUUUUGAUGGGGGCGAAGUGCUUGAAAACUUUUUAGCAGAAAUGGGAGUAGAAUUACUUUUCAUACAAACAUACUCGCCAGACCUCAAUCCUAUUUAA